AUGCAACAGAAAGUCAGGGACACGUUAGCCAAGUAUCAAGGGGAUAACUAUGUUGACGGCUGGGCUGAGCUCUGGGAUAAGAACGAAAAUUUGCCUUGGGACAAGGGUGUUCCUAAUCCCGCAUUGGAAGAUACCCUCAUUCAGCAGCGCGCGACCGUCGGAGGCCCAAUUGCCACGGAUGCACAGGGAGCAACCUACAGAAAGAAAGCAUUGGUUCCCGGCUGUGGCAGAGGAGUGGAUGUGCUUCUUCUUGCGAGCUUUGGCUACGAUGCCUAUGGACUGGAGUAUAGCGAUGCUGCAGUCAAUAUUUGUGAGAGCGAGGCGGCUCAGAAUGGAGACAAGUACCCUGUCCGAGAUGCUGGAAUAGGUCGAGGAAAAAUCGCUUUCGUGCAAGGCGACUUUUUCAAGAAUGACUGGUUGGAGAGUCUACAACUACCGCUUAACUGCUUUGACUUGAUAUACGAUUAUACGUUCUUCUGCGCACUAAAUCCAACGAUGCGACCAAAUUGGGCUUUGCGACACACCCAGCUUCUGGCGCCUUCGCCGCGCGGCAACCUAAUCUGCUUAGAGUUUCCAAGGCACAAGGACCCGACGCAGCAGGGACCCCCUUGGGGAGUCUCAUCGGAGGCCUACAUGGAGCAUUUGAGUCACCCGGGUGAACAGAUCCCGUAUGACGCUCAGGGUCGAUGCAAGAUGGAUCCUCUUCGCGAGCCAAGCGAGCAUGGUCUCGAGCGCGUGGCGUACUUUCAGCCAGCCCAGACACAUGAGGGUGGCAAGGACAGCAACGGGGUGGUUCAAGAUCGAGUCUCCAUAUGGCGCCAUCGGUAG